GGGGGUGUGCGGAGAGGGCUGCCAGGUUCUGCCCCUUAAAGUCGGGGGGCUGGCGGAGGCGGCAGCCCAGUCCGCAGAAAGCGUUGCCCUUCUUAGAGCAGCUGCGGGCCCAGGGGAAAGUCAUUGGGAAAGUGGGAGGGAAGAGGGAAGGGAACAGGAUGAGCAGACCGCCGCUGCGGCCCGCGGGGCUCGGUCCCUCCCUCCUGCUCUGGCUGCUGCUGCCCCCGGGGCCUGUGCCCGUGCCCGGGGUGCAGGCCUGGAGGGCCAGGCCCCCGCCGUCCUGCCCCGCAGUCUGCGAGCCGAUGCGCUGCCCCCAGCUGCCCCCUUGCUCGGCGGGGACGACGCCGAUGCUCGACCGCUGCGGAUGCUGCCGCGUCUGCCCGGCGGCCGAGGGCGAGGACUGCGGCGGGGCGCUCGUCCGGCCCUGCGCCCUGGGGCUGCAGUGCCGCGCGCCAUCCGCGCCCCGGCUCCUCGGCGGCGGCGGCGGCGGCGGCGGCGGGCUGGGCACCUGCGGCUGCCGGGCGGCGGGGGCGGCCGUGUGCGGCAGCGACGGGCGCACCUACUCCAGCCUGUGCGCGCUCCGCGCCCAGAACCGCGCCGCGCGCCUCCGUGGCGCGCCCCCGGCCGUGCCGGUGCAGAAGGGGGAGUGCGGGGACCCAGGGACCAGAAGCGCAGGCUGGCUCAGGAGCAAGUACAACUUCGUCGCGGCGGUGGUGGAGAAGGUGGCGCCGUCUGUGGUGCACUUGCAGCUGUUCCGCAGGUCACCUCUCACUGGCGAGGAUAUUCCUGCAUCCAGUGGCUCUGGGUUCAUAGUGUCUGAGGAUGGGCUCAUUGUUACCAAUGCCCAUGUCCUCACCAACCGGCAGCGGAUCCAGGUGGAGCUCCAGAGCGGGGUCCAGUAUGAAGCCACCGUCAAGGACAUUGACCAUAAAUUGGAUCUCGCUCUCAUUAAGAUUGAGCCAGACACGGACCUUCCUGUAUUGCUGCUGGGAAGGUCAUCUGACCUGCGAGCUGGCGAGUUCGUGGUGGCCUUGGGCAGCCCGUUUUCUCUGCAGAACACAGUGACCGUGGGAAUUGUCAGCACUACCCAGCGAGGGGGCAAAGAGCUGGGGCUGAGGGAUUCCGACAUGGACUAUAUCCAGACGGACGCCAUAAUUAAUCACGGGAAUUCGGGGGGGCCCCUGGUGAACUUGGAUGGUGAGGUGAUCGGCAUAAACACCCUGAAGGUGACAGCGGGCAUCUCCUUUGCUAUUCCCUCCGAUCGCAUCCGACAGUUCUUGGAGGAAUUCCACGAGCGCCAGCUGAAAGGAAAGGCUCUUUCACAGAAGAAAUACCUGGGUCUGCGAAUGCUGCCCCUUACCAUGAACCUGCUUCAGGACAUGAAAAGGCACGAUCCCGACUUCCCUGAUGUGAGCUCUGGGGUUUUUGUGUAUGAGGUGAUUCAAGGAACCGCGGCUGAAAGCUCGGGGUUGAGAGACCACGAUGUAAUUGUCAGCAUAAACGGGCAACCUGUCACCACCACCACCGAUGUGAUUGAAGCCGUGAAGGCCAGUGAUUCUCUGUCCAUCCUGGUUCGUCGGAAAAGUCAAACUUUGAUCCUGACAGUCACACCUGAAAUAAUCAAUUAAGUGCCUUG